GUGUGAAGUUUGGCAACGCCGCUUCUUAGCUAUUCAGUGGCUGCCAUCUACCAUAGAGGGUCACGUGAUCAAUGCCCAAUGCGUUGUGGUUUACUUUACUGAUUACAAUUUACUACUUAAAUUAAAAAGAUAGCUUGUAUAUAGUACUUUGUACAUAGUGUACAAAACAUGAGUUCGAGCAAUCGAACCUCUUCAAAAGGAGGCAAGAACAAAAAUGAAAAAAACCUUAGGACAGAUAAGAUUGACACAGUUUCGAAUUCCUCAGGAAAGGCCUCUGGAGACAAAAUCAUGAUGAAGGAGAACCCCAAAUCUGAGGACCUUAAAUCUAAGGUACAACGUUUGAUAGAAAUGACGCAAAGAUCAGAGGAAGAGGUGUGUCUUGCACUCCAUGAUUGUAACAAUGAUUUGCAGCAAGCUGUAAAUAUGCUGUAUGAAACCAUGACUGAGAGUCAGUGGUCUGUCAAAAAGAAAAAGAGUCGCCAGCCAGGUAAUAAACAAGAAAAACAGUCCAAUGAUGAAACUGCCAACACCGACGAGUGGAAUGAGAACCAAGGUACGGAUAAUAGGGACAAGCCACGAAGUAAAAGUGGUGGUCCUAAUUAUCGACGAGGUGGGGACGGUGGUAGUCGAGGUUGGCGUGGUCGAGAAAAGCAGGAAAACGAGCGUAAUCUUGAUCCAGAUGGCAGAAAUGAGUUUGGAAGGGAUCGCAGAGGAAGGCCAGGAGGAUCUGGAGGAGGACGAGGUGGUGGCAGAGGUGGACGUGGUGGGGGACGUGGUAGAUACCCACCUCGAGGAGGUUCUAACAGGAACAACUCCUACAACCGGCCAAUUGAUACCUGGGAUAACAAUAACCCCAAUACUUGGGAUAAUAACACAUUGUCCAGCGCAAAUCCAGUUGAGGAAACCUGGGAUGAUUUCCCAGGAACUGAUGAAUGGUCUACUGAAGAAUAUACCGGUAGUCUGGCUGAUACUAAAAUAUUCACACCUAGCGCGAACGUGAAACUAGAUAUCCAGAUGGAGAACCAACAUGAAGGACCUUUGGAUACGGCGAGUCAACAACUCAGUCAAACUCUCCAGAUUAAUCAGCAGAGUGGGCCAUUGCCAUCCCAAAGUCCUGUUCCUAUGGUAGGGACAUUGAAUGCUGCACAAACCAAAUACCUGAAUCAACUGACUCAGCAAAAUAGUGACAACUACAGCAACAUUCAGACCUUCCAAUCUCAAUCUUUUGAAAAUCCAGCCCAGCAAUAUAAUACUGGAGCGCCAACAAUAACUUCCCAAGGGUUCAAUAACUCUCAAAAUUAUGGUGCGCAACCUACUAAUACAUAUGUUAAUAGUAAAUAUCCUGCUAAUUAUGGGACAUCUCCUGAGUCGGUUCCAUCUCAGCAACCACUGAGAACCAAAACUCAAAGAGCCAGGGUGCCACCACCAUCGAAGAUUCCGUCUAGUGCGGUAGAAAUGCCUGGAGAUCUGAAUAGUAGUAUAGGAUAUUUAGAUGUACAGUUUGGUGCAAUGGAUUUUAUGUCGGACAGCAGUUCGUUUGAUGGUGUGGUUGACCAGAAAUAUGGCAGCACAAACAAUUCAUCAAUGGAAAAUGCUGUGCCACAACAGAGUGCAAAUCUGGAUCUCAAUAACUCAAAUCAAAACUCGAAUUUAGACGCAUAUUCUCCAAAGAGUAAUGUGCAAAGCAGUAUUAAUUCAGCUUUAACUCAAAAUUUGUCUAAUGUAGAAAAUAUUCCAACAUCAGAUCAUGUAACUGGUACCGGUAGUUACACUGCGACUGCAAGAACAUCUGCUGCUAAUUCAGCGGCACAAUCUUCAACAUCCCAAGCAGUAUUGGAUAUGAGCAAACAAACCGAUGGCCAUUCCUACACACAAAAUUCAACCUACAAUUCCUAUCAGUCUAAAUCCUAUAAUUCAACAUAUAAUGCUAAUCAGACAACUACAAACUCCUAUCAACCAAGUAGCAAUUAUGUAAAUAGCCAAGCUGGAGCUUAUAGCACUCCUAGUGCAAACAAUUAUCAAAAUUCCUAUUCGUCAGCUACUUCUUAUCAGUCGAGCAACAAUUCAGCUGCAUUUCCUUCCAUCACACAGGCGAACUCUUAUUCAGGGACAAACCAGUCGUACUCACAGAGUGCUAGUCAGUCAGUGUAUGGUGCUAAUACAGGUUUGAACAACAGUUCGACCUAUGGAAGUUCUUCGUCCGCCAGCCAGUAUAAUAAUUACAGUUCGGCAGCGAAUAAAAUGAAGGAUACGGUAUAUGAUAGUACGAAUGCAAGUAGCAGUGCGCCAACAACAACAGCUACCAGUAUUGUAUCGUCUUCAGCGACCCUUUCUCUUUCACAAAAUACUGUAUCGACUAGUAAAACCACCACCACUACGUUAGCAGCUAAAAAUUCGAGCAAUGUCGUAUCGAACAUGCCUCCAGGGGUUGCCCCACCUGUAAUGAGUACUCCUUACAAUAUGGUACAGGUACCAUAUUAUCAGCAACCACUCUAUUCUUAUGAAGAAAUGCAACUUUUGCAACAAAGGCUGCCACAUAUGACCACCCCCUUCUAUGACAUGAGUUACCAGACGCCGACCACGCUGGCUACUGUGAGAGACGCCACCCUUGGCAACGUGGGUUACUCCAUGUCCGACGGACGAUUCACCAGAGGCGACAACAACGCCUCGCCGGUGCCAUCAACGUUGAGCCAGCAGACAAGCACGCAGGCCGGACACCAGGCGCAACCCAUCUUGGCAGGCACGGCUGCUCCACCGUAUUUCUUUGCUGCUACACACUUCAACACGAUUCCGAACUAUCCAUUUUAUCAACUACCUGCUGUGACUAACGCUCACGGUACAAACAGUAAUUCGCAGUAUCCCAAACCAGGCGGCUAUAGUUCAGGUUAUGGUGCAUAUGAUGCUCUUAGCCAAACUCAAGAUUACACUAAAGGAGCCUAUGUAGGUAAUACGCAAGGUCAGAAAGCUACAAGUGGAGCUGCUUCUUCUACGGGAUCAACUGGAAACGAUCUGACUGCCAUGUAUGGUAAAUCGCACACUGCUCUAGGGAAAGUCAAUUCUUAUGAAAAACAAGGCUUCCAUUCUGGUACCCCGCCCCCUUUCAGUGGGACCUUACAUGGCAGUCAAAACGCUGGGCUGGCUCCCAGCGGAACUGGUUAUGCCCCACCAGUAUAUAUACCAGCUAUGGCACCUCAUCAACAACAUCAUUCGACCCAAUUGAUGCAUCAACCUUUACAUCAGAUGGAUGUCAGGCACCAAGGCCGACGUGUGGACUCGAGUACCAAUAGUGGCCAGCGUUCUCAAACAUCCAAUCAAGCAAAGGCUUCUGGUAAACAAUACACAGGAUCAUAUUGGAAUCAAUCCUAAGCCGUCUAUUUGACUGCUCAAAUUUCUUCGCCCUAAUCUCUCUUCAGUAAUUUUUAUUUCUAGCUUUUCAUUUAUUAUAAUUUAAUUAGCGUAAUCAUAUUUUAUCAUAGGUGAGACAAGUGGUAAAUUAUUCCCAAUUUGUAUUUAUUUUAUUUAGUUUUCGUUUUGGUUGUUGCUUAUAAUUAUGACUGUGAAACAUCAAAAACUAAAUAUGAAAUAUUUUUACAAGAAGUCGGUUUCCUUUCACAUCUUUUUUAAUGAGUAUAUUAGUGCCCUUGGUUUUAGAAUAAAAAUUUUAAUUUUUUUAUUUAGUGCAAUGUUGCACAGAAAAUUGAACUAAAUUAUCUUACUCUUGGCCAGUGGCUAAACUUGUAUACAAUUUUGUACAUCAAUCGCAACCAGAAAUUUCGAUUCCUAAAUGUCAACUUUUAAAUGAGCCUGUGGUUUUUUAUGCAUAAUGCAAGGCGAAGGUUUUGGGUAGUAAUGAAGCUGCGAUAAUUAGAAGUCAAUUUACAGUGUUCUAUGAACAUAUUUCUAAAUUUCAUUGUACAUACAGUUUGAUGAUUUGUUUCCAAUUCAUCCAAAUGAUCAUAGUUGUAUAGAAAAUACCGAGUAAAUUGACUUGGCUAAAACCGCAGUCAUUGGACUGACCUCUUGGCACUUUGCUGUCUUCAGAGAGAUCUUGUCAGACGGCACGUUAAGGGUCGCAGAGCAUCCGUUGAAGACCAGUAAAGUAGCCCAGAGUUUUAUUUUAAAUUUUGUUAGGUAGUUUUAUUAUUAACUAAAUUAUCUUGUGUACCUACUUAUGCUCUUUGUAUAAAUAAUCACCGUGUAGAGAAACACUGUAUAUGUGUACUUUUGUUUUUGUAUUUGCUGAUUCAUAUGGAAAUACACAAUGAAAGCAUUCAAUCUUAAAA